GGAGCGGGCGGGGCGAGCGGAGCAGAGUGAACCGCGCAUGCGCCCAGGACUGGCAAACUCACCCCAAACUGGACAGUCGGUGGGACCAUGUUGUGCCCGUUGAUGCUGCAGCUGAUGCUGAUGCUAAUGCUGCUGAUGCUGCUGCCCGCCCUCCUGGCUGGAGCACAGGCUGCAGGCUCCCACUCGCUACGUUAUUUCUUCACGGGGGUGACCCCGGGCUCGGGGAUCCCUGAGUUCACGGCGGUCGGAUACGUGGACGAUGAGCAGAUUGAUUACUACGACAGCGUGAGUCAGAGGGCUGAGCCGCGGCAGCGCUGGAUGGCGGAGAGUCGGGGCGCCGACUACUGGGAGCGGGAGACACAGAGGGCGCGGCGCUGGGAGACGAGGUCCAAGUUCAACAUCCAGACCCUGGAGCGGCGAACCAACCAGAGUGGAGGGAUCCACACUGUCCAGAUGAUGUACGGCUGUGAGCUGCGCUCGGACGGUUCCAGCGCCGGGUUUUGCCAGUACGGUUGGGACGGAGAGGACUUCAUCAGCUUCGACAAGGAGCACAUGGUGUGGGUGACGCCCGUACCCUGGGGGUUGUUGACCAAACACGAGUGGGACCGGAACACGGGCUACAACCUUCAGAACAAGGCCUACCUGGAGGAGACGUGUAUCGAGUGGCUGCAGAAAUAUGUCCAGGCCGGACAGAGUCACCUCACCCCCGUUCAGCCCGAGGUGAGCAUCUUCCUGUCGGGGGAUGGGAGCCGCGUGUGGUGUUUCACCACGGGCUUCUACCCGCGGUCCAUCGAGGUGAACCUGGUGCGGGACGGCCUGGUCCUGGAUGAGAGCCGCUCCCACGGGACGCUGCCCAACCACGACGGCACCUUCCAGCAGGGCCGCUGGGUCCACGUGGAGCCCGGGGACACGGCCCCGCUCUCCUGUCGUGUAGAGCACCCGGGGCUGUCCGAACCCCUCGAGGUCUUCCUGGUCCGCAAGUCGGGCAUCAACGUGAUGACCAUUGUCCUGGUGUUCGCUGUCCUGGUGCUGGCGGUGGCUGCGCUCGUGGGGGGAGUCCUCUACUGGAAGAAGAAACAAGCGGGGAAGAGCGGCUACAAUGCCACCAAGACCUCGGAGCGCGGGGAAAACUGAUCAAAUUCCUCUGCUCCAGCCUGAGGGCCGCCGUGUGCCGCCGCCGCCGCCGGUACAGGAGCGUCGGUGGAGAGCGGGACAAGUUGGCGGGGUUUCUGCUGUUGGGGGGCGGUGUAAUGGUGGGGGGGUGGGUGAGCAAUGAGCGCAUCUACAGCUGAUUUGGGAAUUUGGACUUUACGCUUCGCUCUGUGGGUCGCUGCUCAUUUACUGACUGCACUGGGGGGGGGGAGGGGUGGGGGGGGGGGGGCUGCUGCUUCCCAUAAUGUUCCUGCAAUGACGGGGUUCAGGGGGGAUCAGUCCCGAUCAACAUCUGGUGGGAAUGAAUCACAGCUGGAGCGUUGCAGCGCUGGUUGACCCGAGGUCCGAACCGCUCGGCGGGGGGGGGGGUGGAGAGGUUCCUGGCGAUGUGACGUCACAGCCACCCGUGGACUGUGUGGGGGGGGGGGGGGGGGAUUGGGGGGGGGGGGGGGGGGAUGAUCAGGGAAUGUGAUUCUUUGCUGGGGGGGCGUGUACUGCUUCACUGUCGCCACAUAAAUGAUCAAUAAAAUCCAGUGUGUUCU